GCGACGGAGCAUCCUAGAAAGAGAUACCCUUUUUCUUCAAUUCUUUAGUUCAUUUUCCACUUAUUUUAAUGGCCUAGCUUAAAUAAAGAUCAAUGGCCUGUGAUGUGUUGUCUCUCUUUAUGGUCAGGAGUGGGGCUGGAUGGAUGGCUAACCCCUUCCACUUUGGCAAUAAAACAGUGGCGAUCAAAUCUCAGGGGGCUUGGAGGAAACUUUGAGCGACUUUCUCGAUCAACUUGGCAGGAAGCUGCUUGGCCUUCCUUGCCGGAUGCGAUUCCUCCGAGGCGCACGCGAUGGUAGCUGCGGUGUCGACGCCGGUGAACCCUAAUAAGGCGGCGGCGGCGGCGGCGACGGGUCGAGGAGGAGGAGGUGGAGGUGGUGGAGGUGGUGGUGCUCGCGCGAAGCCUUCGAGGCCUCCUCUGUUGCCUUCCGAGCCGGACAAUGCGCUCGCCCCUCCUCGCCGAGCUAAGGGCCGGGAGGUCACUUCUCGCUACUUGUCGUCGUCCUCCGCUUCUUCCACUAGGACCACGUCCUCCUCGUCUGCUUCGUCCACGUCCUCUUCCGCGUCCUCUUGUUCCUCCUCCAAGAGGUGCCCGUCGCCUCUGAUUUCGAGGACGGCGGCGGCGGCGGCGACGCCUGGCUCCGGGGCGGCUAAGCGCUCGCAGUCGGCGGAGAGGCGGCGGCCGGCGACGGACCGGCCGAGCUCGGCUGAUUCGAGGGGCGGUGGCGGCGCCUCGAAGGGCGGUGAAAUGACUGCGGCGCAGAAGUUGCUUGUCACUUCGGCUCGGAGCUUGUCCGUGUCGUUCCAGGGAGAGUCGUACUCGCUUCCGGUCAGCAAAGCGAAGUCUUCGCCAGCUCCUAGCAGCACGAGGAAAGGGACGCCGGAGAGGCGGAAACCUGUGACUGCGGCCACUCCGCGGAGGGAUCAGUUGGAGAAUUCUAAGCCGGUAGAGAAGCAGAGGUGGCCAGGAAGGUCGAGACAGGAGAAUUUCUUGAGCAGGAGUGUGGAUUUCGGUGAGGAUAGGAGGAGGACGGGCGGAUCAAGGGGGAAUGUAGUUAGGGCAUUGCAGACAUCAAUGAUGAUCGAUGUUAGGGCUUCACUUGAUGGACGAUUACUUGUCUCUGAUUCAAGUGAUCAUGGGCUGGGAAAAGCUGACGAGGUUAACGUUCACAGAAGUUCAGGUUUUGAAUCCAACGGACGCACGGAUUGUAGUUCUUCUGAUAGUGAGAGUGUGUCUUCUGGUAGCACUAAAGGAGUUCAGGAAUGUGGUGGUGGACAAGAACAGAAUGGGCCUAGGGGAGUUGUGGUACCAGCGAGGUUUUGGCAACAGACAAUUAACCGGAUGAGACGCCAACCGGAGGUUGGCACACCGUUGUUGACUAGCCCUUUCCUAAAAAUGAGCUCCGCACCAAAACUUGUCAUGCCUAAGAAGCCUGGUUUCGAUAGCCCAGUCUCUUCUCCAAAAGGACCUUUGAGUUGCCGGGGACAGGCAUCUCCCAUUCGUGGGGCAGUUCGACCAGCAUCGCCAAGUAAACUUACUCAUUUGGCAGUAUCAUCCCCUAGAGGACUAAGCCCCUCUUGGGCGAGGAAUGCUGUGGCAGGAACUCCUCUUGAUGUUAGUGCGAGUAAUAUACCUUCCUUCUUGAGUUUUGCUGCUGAGGCUAGGAGAGGGAAGAUGGGGGAAAGCCGUAUGGUUGACGCACAUGGUUUGAGACUGCUGCACAACCGUCUUUUGCAAUGGCGUUUUGUGAAUGCCAGAGCAGAUGAAGCACUGUCUGCCCAGACAUUACACACAGAGAGAAGCAUCUACAAUGCCUGGUUGAGCAUCUUCAAGCUGCGAGAAUCUGUUAAAACCAAAAGAAUCGAGUUACAGUUGCAGAGGCAAAAUCUGAAGUUAACCUCUGUUGUCCAUGGACAAAUUAGAUAUUUGGAAGAGUGGGCUUCAAUGGAUCAGGACUACUCAAAUUCUUUGUCAGGAGCCAAUGAAGCCUUGAAGGCUAGCACUCUUCGCCUUCCUGUCAUUGGUGGGGCAAGGGUUGACAUCCGGAAAGUGAAGAAUGCUAUUUCUUCAGCAGUUGAGGUAAUGCAGACCAUGGCGUCCUCCAUCUGCUUGUUUUCUUCAGAGGUUGGGGAUGUUUACAAUCUUAUGGCUGAACUUGCGAGGGUUUCAUCACAAGAGCAUGCUGUGUUGGAUCAAUGCAGAGAUCUCUUGUCAAUGAUUGCUGCCAUGCAGGUAAACGAAAGCAGCCUGAGAACCCACCUUUUACAAGUGCAAUGCACACCCUCAGCCUCAAGCUUUACGGUGGAAACAUGAUGCUGAUACUGUUUAAAGCUAACAACAUCUAAUAACGGUACUAUACUUCGAUUCGGCAAUUUGGGGGGGUAAAAACAGCAUGGGACAUUCCGUUUUGGCUUCUGAAACCAGAGAGCAUAACUUUGGUCUUAACCAGAGAGCAUAACUUUGGUCUUUCUUUGGGAUGAUGAUCCAUGGGAAGGAGAAGGCAUGCGGCGAUGGGCAUUAUGAGCGUGCCAAAGCAAGGACCGUGGUUUCAACAUCUAGUCUAGGUUCUACACGGAUUUUCUAUAGGUUUCAAGGAAGUGUAUAUAAGUGAUGUUUCCUUUCGUUUUCUUAGAGCUAGCCUGGGAACAGAAUAAGAAUGGAGAAGAAAUGCAGACUUGGGGUCCGUUUGCUUCUUUUUCUGCUCUCUAGUGUACUUGCCGCAUCGAUCUCCGGCAUGUUUUGUAAAGCAUAUAUAGUAGUCCAUUGGGAAGUUUCAGUCCUAAAA